AUGGUCACAGAUGAAGAAGCCGCUGUAGGCCCUUCCCACCGGCGCCAUGGCACCAUGAGAGACGCCCUGUGCAUGCUCCUCUCUGCGGCGGCAGCACUGUUCUCAGUCUUCUACUUCAUUCAAGAAAACCCUUUUGACACUACAAGCUUUCUGUCCUUGGAGGAAAAGGAGCUGGUAGCUUGGCAGAGAGCCCGGAUGCAGGUUAACCCUGGUAGGACACGCCACCUGCAAACUUUCAAAGUUAUGCAGAAAAACUCAGAACCACUCGAAAACGUGAACUCCUAUAUCUUGAUCGGAGCCCCUCCAAGGAAAAAAAAACUGCUGACCAUAGGGAUUUCCUCAGGGCGGCAUCCUGAAGGGAGCAACCUCGUGGACACCCUGCAGUCUCUCUUCUCUGCUUCCUCCUCAUCCGAGCGGAAACACUUCACGGUUCUGGUACACCUAGCAGGCUCUGACCCCAAAUGGCUUGUUCAGAUGAUGUACAACCUCUCCACCAUGUUUCAACCACACAUCCAGGCCAGAGAGCUGGUGGUGAUCACUACUCCUCUCACCAGCUACCUCCCUUUGAAGGAUCUUAAAGUGACCUUUGAGGACCCUCCUGGCCACGUAGCCGUCCGCUCCAAGCAAAACAUGGACUAUGCCUUCCUCAUGAACUUUGCCACCCAGCACUCCGACUACUUCCUGAUGGUCGAAGAUGAUGUGAAAUGCGCCCCCAGAUUUGUCACCCACAUAGCUACUGCAGUAUCGGCCUGGGCAAACAGACCCUGGCUGACUCUGGCGUUCUCCCCGCUGGGCCUCACUGGGAAGCUCUUUCGAACAGGAGACUUGCCCAGCUUGGUUCACUUCCUUCUCCUCUUCUACCGAGAACUGCCCUGGCACUGUCUCCUCGCCCAUUUUCAGGACCUCACACGGCACACACCAGUUGAGUUCCUGCCCUCCCUCUUCCAGCACGUGGGCAACUCGUCCUCCUUUAAGGAAGAGGACACUGGCUCUCCCAGCAACCCUGCUGCCUCCAUCCACACCAGCCUGAAGGCUGCCAACGACUCGGUCCCCUCACAUGCCUACAGCCUGAAUGAGACUUUCUUUUACACCCAGGCGGCUGAGCCUGGCAGCCAUCUGACCGUGGUUUUGGAUGUACCUGCCCAUGUAUCCCGAGUUCAGGUGCUGACUGGCUCUGACCUGAGAGGCUGGAACCAGCUGGAAGAGGGACAAGUAGAACUGGGCUGUGACGCUACAAACAGGGUCAGUGACUGUGACGACUACACUCUGCUGGGGCUGGUGGUGAAUGGCAUCCUGAACAAGCAGGUGCUGUCUCCCACGUUGUCAGGGAAGAAAGUGAAAUGUGUGAGACUGCUUGUGACAGCCGCUGCUCCCUCCGGAAUAGUGGUCAGGCACAUCCACCUCUGGACCAACUGA